GGAUCAGUUUUGUGGGAGUAAAAGUAGUUCAUUUUCGUGAUAGGCUCCUGCCUCAAGGACGUAAGGAACAUGCAGAAAUGUGCAAUAUUGUUAAAAGUAUAAAUGGCGUCGUAUCGCGUACAGCACUACACUAUCACUCCGAUCUUCAGACAGUAACAACAAGCUUGCUCCAACAAUGGCUUUCAAAUUUGUUCUGCUGGCUACUCUGGUAGCAGCCGCUAGCGCCGGUCUGCUCCCUGUGGCUCAGCACGGAGCGAUCGCUACCUCGCACUCCACCAUCCAGCAUCACGCUGCCCCAGCCGUCCACCAUGUCGGAUCCAUCCAUGCCGCUCCGGCCUACUACCAGCACUCCGCUCCGGCCAUCGUCAAGACCAUCGCUCAGCCAACGAUCAUCAAGUCCGUAGAGCACCACGCCCCGGCGAACUACGAGUUCUCGUACUCCGUGCACGACGAACAUACCGGAGACAUCAAGAGCCAGCACGAGACCCGUCACGGUGAUGAGGUGCACGGACAGUACUCGCUGUUGGACUCGGACGGCCAUCACCGUGUCGUCGACUACCAUGCCGAUCAUCACUCCGGAUUCAACGCCGUCUUGCGUCGUGAGCCAACGGGAGUGAAAAUCGCCCAGCCAGUCCACAAGGUGAUCGCUCAGCCCGUGCACGUGUCCAGCUAUGCCCAUGCUCCAGUAGCACACGCCACCAUCCAGCAGCAUCAUGCCGCUCCGGUCGCCCACUACGCCGCCCCGAUCGCGCACUACGCCGCCCCGAUCGCGCACCAUGCCGCUCCGAUCGCGCAUUCGACCUCCAGCAUCGUUCAUGGACCGAGCCAUCUGAGCCAUCAUCAUUACUAAGUUCGAACCAGAACAUUUUGUAGUGUAGUCAGUUGGUUAGCGGAAAAAUAAUUGUUAAAAUUAAGAAUAGCAUCCUGUUGUAAAACACUAAAUCUUCUUCUUCAUUUCAUUACACUGGUAUUGCUUUUGUUAAGAGGUCCUUUUUCGAAGAUUGUCAACUCGAAGCUUAGUGCCACUUGUUCCAUCCUUUGGCAAGUUCCUGCUCUGUAGAAGAGGCUCAAACUAAUAAUGUUUAUAUCAUCAGCGUUUUCCAGGAUCUGGAUUGACUUGUCCCAGAAGUUUCCUCCUCCGAAUCUCGGAUAAUACUCUCUAACUCCAGGU